CAAUUUUCGUAUUAUCAAAGCUCAGCAUCAAACGAUUUGUUUAUUUUCUGUGCAAAACGGAACGGCGUCUUCCCGCCGCGGUGGUUGCAAGAUGGCGGACUUUGAGUCCGAGAUCGGACGAAUGAAUUAUAUUUUUUAUCAUAUCGUUUAAUGCUGUAGCUUUUUAAGAACUUUAGUCAUUUUACAUGGUCUUUUCAUAAUUUAAAACGAUUUUACCCACUUAUUUUAAACAAUAAUUAAAAACCUGUUAAGAAAAUAUUUUCUCUUUUGUCGCGUCGCGUUUACGAAGUUCGAUCGCGUGACGUCACUGUGUGUAAUUACCAAAUAGGUCGAGAUCACACUACCGCUGCCUAACAAACUCUGCGGCCGGUGCAAACUGGACUUAACAUCGAUAAUACCAUUUAUAAAACUGUGCAAGGAGUCAGCGAAACGCUGGAACGAGAUGUCAGACUUUUUGAACGAUCUGACAACGUCUCACAAGACCAAAAACCUUUAUAUCGAAAUCGGGAAAGAAAUUAGGACUUAUACAGAUACGUUGAGAUGUCCCGUUAAGAAAAUAACGUCGCGUAAAGAGGCGCUUAGCUGUUUCAAAAUUAGACUCCGUCAACAAAUGGUUUAUAGAAACCGAUUGGCUGAUGAUAAGAAAGACAGAUUUUCACCACAAAGCGAAGACAAGAACCGCAAAAUGACUUGUACCGAAUGUAAAGUCAUUUUUCGCGAUCUUUUCACGUUUAAUAGACACAUAAGUAACUUGAAUAAGAAGAUGUGCGGACAAUGUUUCCAAGUUUUCGAAAUGAACGCUUUCGUUGAUCAUUAUAAGUCACACGACUUACCAAUAUUCCCUUGUACGGUUUGCCCGGAGAGUUUCGAAAAGGAAUCGACUCUGUUAACUCAUAAAUUGAAACAUUCUAGGGGUACAGAAGAGUGUGUGGAAUGCCGGCAGACAUUCCAAAGUGCCGCGCAUUUAAACAAACACACAAACAAACAUGAAGCGAUGAUCUGUGGAUGUGGCAAAAAGUUCCCAAACGGCAUCUGCUUCCUGUCACACAAGAAAUUCUGUAGCAAACAUAAGAAUAUCAAAUCUUCAUACAUUUGUGACUAUUGUAAUAAAAAUUACACUAAAAAGAAUUGCCUAAAAAUGCAUAUAAAAUUAAGGCAUACGGUUGGUUGGGUUUUUCAGUGUGACAAGUGCGGAAAAAGACUGUCAAGUAAAGCGCAUUUGAUUGAGCAUGGCAACACUCAUUUGAGAGUCAUGGAUAGGCAUGUUUGCCACUGCGGUGCGAUGUUUAGUUCUAGAAGAGGUUAUGAGAGGCAUUUAAAAAAGCACGAGAGUAAGAAAUUGAAUUUAGUUAUGGUUAAAAAGAAAGAUAUAUUAUUGGGUAUGAGGCCUGAGUGUUAAAGUAUUAAUGAGUCUCUUUAAUAACUUCGUUCAUAAUUAUAACUCAUAAGUUUUACGCGUGUAUUUAUCAGGGAACGGUCGGUAGAAUAAUUACUCCGGUUGAGUCCGUUAUAAGUCGUUUAAUCCCUAGAAAUGUGCGUGACUCAACCAUAAUUACAUAAGUAGUCACAAAAUUGUAACAUUUUCGAUAUUCAACAAUCACCAUUAUCACCUUUUUGGCAUAAAACAGGACAAAUAUGGCCGAAUAGGGAUGAUGACUGGGUAUAAAAAGAAAAAAUCUCAUUAGUCCCUCAGUUAGAUAAUUGAAAGGUAUGAG